AUGGAAGGCGACGGCAAAAAGCGCAAGGCGAGCGAAAUCGCCGAGGAUGCCGGCGACAGCGUGGAAGUGGCCGAAGUGCCGGUGCCACAAGAGGAGGAGGUCAAGACGACAGUAAAGUGCGAACGGCUUGGGCAGCUGGAGCAGCGCCGAAGGCGUGCAGAUCAGCAGUUGGCACGAGAGGAGGCCACCAAGAAGGCGAGAGCGGCCGACGAGGCGAAGGCAAUCGCAACGGCCGCAGCUAAAGCGGCUGACCAAGCAGCCAAGGAGGCUGCAGUAGCAGCGACAAAGUUGGCCAAUGGAAGUAUGACGGGGACACCUUCCCAACACUGCAGGCGUCGGGGAAAGCAAGGAAAGGCGAGCGUCAAGAGAGUCGCCGUGAGGACGCAGGCCAAAGUGAAGGGCGAAGCUGGUGGGCCAGAGCGGACCGGCCUCACUCCAGACGAAGUGUUCGAGCGAGAGUUGGGGUUCCACUGGGAUCGCUCGCGAAUCUUCACGCCUGCCGGGUGGCGUGGCGUGGACUUGGGGUACGUGCGCAGCAUGUCGGGCGGAUCGAGCUUUGCAAUGAUGAGACAUUGCUUUAGUACCUUGUAG